GAAAUACCUACGACAGAUCAAUUAUAGUUGACGGAGAAGAAGCAUCUCUCGUGGUGUUCGACAUAUGGGAGCAGGAUGACAGCCAGUGGCUUCAGAACCACUGUAUGAAAAUGGGAGAUGCCUAUAUUAUUGUAUAUUCAGUGACAGACAAAGUUAGUUUUGAAAAGGCCUCUGAGCUAAGAAUCCAGCUAAGAAGAGCAAGGCAGACAGAAGACAUACCUAUUAUUCUUGUGGGCAAUAAAAGCGACCUGGUCAGGUCCCGGGAAGUCUCAGUUGAUGAGGGACGGGCCUGUGCCGUUGUGUUUGAUUGCAAAUUCAUCGAGACCUCAGCUGCUCUUCAUCAUAAUGUUAAGGACCUGUUUGAAGGUAUUGUUCGGCAAAUUAGACUUCGCAAAGACAGUAAAGAAGACAAUGCUAGGAGAAUGGCCAACACAAAAAGAAGAGAAAGCAUAGGCAAAAAGGCAAAGCGAUUCCUUGGGAGAAUUGUGGCAAAGAACAAUAAGAAGAUGGCUUUCAAAGCAAAAUCAAAGUCUUGCCAUGACUUAUCUGUGCUUUAGAAGCUUUCAGCAAGGCCACAUGUUGCACAUGCGUGAUGAACAAGCAUUUGACUGUUACGAGAAGUGUAUAGAUGAUCCUCAUGGUGAUAACAAGAAUGACUUACCAAUUGAGACUCUCGUUAAUGCCUUAAGGUGCGCAAGCAAGUCUGGAGGUUACACUACACGUCUGCAUCAUUGAUAGAUGGUUUAAGUUUCAAUGUGUGCAAGUAAAUGAACUAACUUUAAAUAAGUGGCUUGACAUGCCCAUAUUUUCACUGUGUACAUAUGUUAUAUAUAUCCUCUUGUACUGUGGAUACUAGAGAUGCAAAGAUAAGGAAGGAUUAUGAUAAGUAUCACCACAGACUUGUCCUGUUUGCAGAGCAAAACUUAAACUUGUACGCAGGCUCGUACACUCUUUAGUAUAAAGCAAGCAAUGAUAAAUCUUUUAAAAUUUAAAUGUGGGGAGAGGGGAGUAGAAACACUUUAGAAUGGGCAAAAACAUUAUAUGUAUAUAGUUAAUACAGAACAGCUAUCAUUUUAUGAAGUUAAUUUGCACUUCCAUUACCCAUUAUUCAAUUAAUUUGUUACUUGUUUACAUGCAGAUUUUAUAAUAAAGUAUUAUUUCCUGUUAUAAUAAA